AUUGAAAGCGUCGGUGUCAACAGAUUAUUCAAAAUGGCUGACGUAGAAACCGAAACGAAAGCUCUGAAGGAGAUGGAUGAAGAAAUAUCGAUGUCUCGUGGCAUGAGAGCCGAAGUAAAAGUCAAUUUUGAGAAAUGUCGAGAGAUGUUUGUCUUUGACCAAAUGGGAAACAAAAUCCGCUUCGGGGAUGUUUACAAGAAACAAAAAACAAUUGUUGUGUUUACAAGACAUCUUCUUGACUUUGUCUGCCAAGAGUAUGCAGAUGAUCUUGCAAUUGUUCCCCUAGAAUAUUUACAAGAAGCUGAUGUUCGGCUUGUCAUCACUCCAUCACCUCACACUCUGAUUAAGGGGUUUAAGAAGGUGACAGGCUUUAACUACACAGUAUAUUGUGACCCGGAUUAUGAGUUGUUCAAGGCCAUGGGUUGUGUGGAAUCUCUGGCUUUUGGCAAGGUUGAAGACAGUAAACACAUCAAGUCUGGCAUCAUCAUGGGUGUGCUGCGCAGCACAUGGAGGGCAAUGCAGCAGGAAUCACGCUUGAGGAACGGCGACGUCAAACAACAAGGCGGUUCCUUCAUCUUGGGCCCAGGAGAUGUUCUUCACCACGCCCAUAUUGAUCAGAAUGCCACUGAUCAUGCCAAAAUCAAUGACUUACUCACAAUUGCGGGAGUGCAGAAUGUCAGCUUCCCCAAAGACCGUCGUGUCCUUGAACUGUGACCUCUUUAACACAGCACCAGAGUACAUCUGAUACCGUCCUACAUAUUCAUUCCAAGGAUAACUUGCUCAAAAGGUUUAGUCACCAAAAAUGGACUAAAUGCCACUUGUUAGUGUAACACAGCUUGGAAUUAUUUGAGGCUCAUAUUGUCAUGACUAUAUGUGCAAUUGUUUCGCCACACCAUAUUGUUUAUGUUGGGCCACACAUCAUCUCAAUUAUCCAUUGUAUACAGAUCUUUCGCACUAUGACAGAAUCCCCACGUCAGCGUCAUUUUGGGAGUGACGUCACCAGUUUCAUUUCCGUCACUCAUGAGCCAGAAGUAGAUCGCCAAGCAAAACAUUGAAAUUAGUUCAGCUUCCAUUUAGGAGUGGACCCUUGAUGUAUUUAAUCAUAUGAAGUGCCUGUUUCAGAAAUAUUCUUUAACCUGAAUACUUACAUGGCUUGAGGAAUCUGCACUAAAAAAAAAGCACUAGAAUUCGUAUUUUAUUGAGAAAGUGACUCCCAAAUAUAACACUUGUUACAACUGCACAAGUCGAGUUGAGUUUUGUUUAUAUUACCAUUUGUUUCAAUCAUGUAAUUUGAUUCAAUGUCUAUUUUUAGCUUUGUCUGAUUGAAACUGGACUCAAAGCGAGGCUAAGGUGGCAAGUGAUUCUAGAGUGUUUGAUGCCAUAAGUGAUGAUAAAUAACCCUGGAUAAUAGAAGAUGGUAAAAUAAUUCUCAACCACAUCGCUGGCUUAAGUCGGUCAAAAUGUCUCGAAAGGAAGUGGAAUAAGCAUCAGGUCGAAAUGGAAAGAUUCAGCAAGGUGGUUUAGAUUCGGAGUCAGUAUUUGUCGGCAAAUAUACAGGGUUGAUGAUGAGGGAGUCCUCAUCAUUUGGUGCAUUGGUGGACAUCCUCAACAUAUGACAUAAAACAUGAAUCGUGCAUAAUAAAAGAUACUUUCAUGUCCACAUCUUCAUGAUGUUUACAUUGGUGUUUGUACAUAGCAGUUUAAAGUGCAUGUAUUUGCGUUUUCGCUUCUGUGAUAUAUAAUAUGUUUUGAUUGUGUGAGAUAGAUUUUCAGUACAAAAUACAAUUCCCUUUUCCUGACGAAGAACAAUACAAUUAAAGAUGACAGAAAUAUAAUCAUGAUAAAUAUGCAUUAUAAUUUUAAUAAACUAUUUUACUCAAUCCUAAUGUUUCAUGAAAGCAUUAAGCAAUUAAAAUUUGGCUAAAAUAUAUACAAUUUUCAAUUUUUACCAGACUCAAUAUCAGUUGAGAAUCACUUUUAAUUUAUUUGAUUUAAAUCUAUUUCUAUUUAGAUAAUCGAUAUGGUAAUUUUGUAAAAAUAUUCUAAAAUAUACAGGACAUAAUAUUUUGAAAUCAGUCAAAAAACAAAAUGUGAAGUAAUAGAUUCAAAAUAUAUAUUUUUCUUGUUUGGAAAUUUUAUCAAUUUCUGUUAAAAAUACAAUUAUUUGUCAGAAAAAUAUGUAUAUUCUCUACAGAAUUGUCAAUUAUCAUGAUCAUUUGAAAAUACAUAUUCUGCAUGUCCUUAAUCAUGAAAUAUCAUCAGAAGUAUAGCAAAACUUAGAUUUAUGCAAUGAAAAUUUCAAUACAACCUACGCAGUAAGUUGAUUAAGUUCGUGAAAAAGCCCAAGAUUUGGAUUUGGGACCAGCAGAAGACUAUUGCCUCCAUGUUAGUGGGCCUCACAGACCAUGAUAUUGAAUUAUGCAAUGGCGCUCAAUCCCCGAAAGAUUUUGCAAUUAAACAUUGUUCUGGGCGCCAUUUGGAAUAUUUAUAUUUUGUAGAUAAAUGCAAAUAAACAGUUCAGUUAGCUUUCUUUCAUGGACUUCAUGUUUAUCCUGGAACUCCUGAGAUUAAGGUUUGAAAAGACGGGGGAGAUAUGUCAUAAAUACAGCUGAGAAAUACAGCUACUGUUUUGAAACCUGUUAAGAUUUUGUAAUAAAAUAUUUUAUUUAU